AUGGGGUGCGCCAGGGGACUAUGCACAGCCGAGAAGAUAUUCAUGUUUAUCAAUAUCGCCUUCGCGAUGUACGCGGGCGCGCUGCUGGCGACGGCGGCGCGGCUGGCGUGGGACCCCAGCACGUACACGUGGUUCCGCUUCCUGUGCGCCGCGCAGUACCGCGUGUCCGCCGCCUACGUGCUGGCCGCCGGCCUGUGGCUCGUCGCGCUCGUCUACCUGGCCGCAGCCGCCGCGGCCAAACGCACCGUCUGUCUACACAUCUACGCGGGCGGAGUCGCGUGCCUGGCGGUAAGCGAGGUGGCGUACGGCGCGUGGAUGGUGGCUUCGCUGGUGACCUGGUGGCGCGAGGCCCCGCAGGCAGAGCUGGCUCGUCGUGCCCUAGACCUGCUGCAUGACCUUAAGCCUGCACUGCUCGCUGUGGAGCGCUACCGGGAUCUCGCGCGCCCACUCUACGACAUGAUUGAGGAGGUAGAACGAGAAGCACCGAAUAAUGCUGUGGUCAUCGUAAUCUUCGGCCUGCUUGGAAUGGUUCUACAGAUCGCGGCGUUCGUGAUGGCGCGGCGAUUGGCGCGCCGGGAAGCUUACGGGGAGGGGGAGGCGGGUGGUGGGGGGGAGAAGGCGCGCUCGUGCUCGUCGUCCGCGCCGGACGACGACAGCGACAGCGACGCACGGGACGACCCUCGCGACACGCCGCCCGGCUGGCGCAAGAAGGCCAACCUGCGCAUGUACACCAUCCUUGACAAGAUUUUCUAG